CCGUGAACGAAAGAAAUCAACCAUUCUUUUUUCAUUCCCCCCCCCAAUCUCCAUUCUAGUUACCACUCAAGGUCGACAAUCGAGAUUUAGUCGCGAUACCUCGCCUCGCGUGGUAUUUUUCGAAUCGAUAGAUUUAUUGACACUAGAACAUAAAAAUUCUUGUUUCGCACUAUUAUUUGCGACUUGAAUCAGUUUCCGAGAAUUUCGCAUUCUCACCUAUCGACACAUUUCUAAAGGCGGGGCAUUUUUUCUCUCACAACCCCACGAUCCGACCUAGAACCUUUGCGAAUAUCUUGCUGUCGACGACCCAAUAUGGCGCCGUCUUUUGAUCACCUGCGCGACGCAGACGUCGAUGAAGACGACUACGAUGAGGAUGAGAUCGACAUUUCCGAUUUGCGCGAAAAAUACGAAGUUCAGCUAGAGCAAGGCUACGAUACCUUUGUCGUUAUCGAUGGCCUACCCGUGGUGAAUGAGGAACAGAAGCCGAAACUGGUUAAAUUCUUAUUGAAGAAGCUUAACCAAGUAGGAAAGACGAAAGAGGAUCAGAUAUAUAUGCCCAUGGAAAAUGGUGAAUCUCUUAGAUUUGCCUUUGUAGAAUAUGCCUCCCCCGCUGAAGCAGCAGCUGCUGUGCGACAGCUCGACAUGGUCCCUCUCGACAAGAAGCAUACCCUACGAGUCAACAAGAUGACGGACAUCGACCGCUACGGCCGAGAAGGACGUGUAGAUGAGAACUAUGUUCCUCCUAAGAUCGAGGAGUUCACCGAGAAGGAGCACCUACGUUCAUUCCUAGCUGAUCCGAGUGGUCGUGGGCGUGAUCAGUUCGCCAUGUACCGUGGCGAUGUUGUCGGUGUGUUCUGGAAUAAUGAGAAAGAGGCUCCCGAGAACAUUGUCGAUCGACAGCACUGGACAGAGAGCUUUGUACAAUGGUCGCCUUUAGGAACAUUUCUAGUAUCCGUCCAUCAACAAGGUGUUCAGCUUUGGGGUGGUGCAUCGUGGUCUCGACAAAAACGUUUUGCGCAUCCCUUCGUCAACAUGCUUGACUUUUCGCCAAACGAGAAGUAUGUUGUCACAUGGUCCAACAGGCCCAUCUCCAUACCCGAUGAGGGUCAUCCCCAAUUGUCCAUAGACGAGGACGGCAAGAAUUAUGUCAUCUGGGACGUAGAGACCGCCAAACCACUUCGAUCGUUCGCAAACCUCGACCUACCUAACACCAACGACCCCCAUGCGGCGCCAGCGAAGCAACAACCCAAAUUUCCCUGGCCGGCGUUUAAAUGGUCUUCCGAUGAUAAAUAUGUGGCAAGAAUGACCCAAGGCUCUUCGAUAUCUGUAUAUGAGUUACCUCGAAUGGGUCUUUUAGAUAAGACAACUAUUAAGAUCGAGGGAGUUAUGGACUUCGAAUGGGCACCUUCGACCCCCCAGAGAGAAGGAGUAAAACAGUACGAGCAGCUCUUCUGCUUCUGGACACCGGAGAUUGGCAGCAAUCCCGCCAAGGUCGGCUUGAUGAGUGUGCCUUCGAAGCAGAUUGUUCGAUCGUUGAAUCUCUUCAGUGUUACCGAUGCCAAACUACACUGGCAAUCUGAUGCUACAUAUCUCUCGGUGAAGGUUGACCGACAUUCCAAGUCCAAGAAGUCACAAGCUACCACUCUCGAGAUUUUCCGUAUUAAAGAGAAGGGUGUUCCUGUUGAAGUCGUUGACACGAUCAAAGACACGGUUAUCAACUUCGCGUGGGAGCCGAAGGGAGAUCGUUUCGUCAUUAUCACAACUCCCGAACCAACCGGCCCCACGGCUGUCGCUCCCAAGACCUCCGUAGCGUUCUUCUGCCCCGAGAAGGCCAAGGGUUCGGCUGUUGGCAAUUUCAAGCAUCUGCGCACACUAGAGAAGAAGAACAGCAACGCUAUCUAUUGGUCUCCUAGAGGUCGUUUCGUUGUUGUUGCUACGGUUGCUAACCAGCAGAGUUCGGAUCUCGAGUUCUUCGACCUGGACUUUGAGGGCGAGAAGCCGGAAAGUGACAAGGAUCUUACCGCUAAUCUGCAACUCAUGAACACAGCAGACCACUACGGUGUUACUGAUAUUCAAUGGGACCCAUCGGGUCGUUUUGUUGCCUCUUGGGCAUCCGUCUGGAAACAUACGAUGGAAAAUGGAUACCACGUUUACGAUUUUAGGGGCGAGUUGCUACGAGAGGAGCCCGUCGACAAGUUCCGCCAAUGGUUAUGGCGGCCUAGACCUCCUACUCUCCUGACAAAGGACGAGCAGAAGCAGAUCCGCAAGAAUCUCCGCGAAUACUCCAAGAUCUUCGAACAAGAAGACGCGGAACGCGGUGCCUCUGCAGACUUGGCAGUGGUCGAAGCCCGAAGACGUUUGCUUGACGAAUGGCUUGCGUGGCGCGCAUCGGUCGAGGAAGAAAUUGAGGAAGAGAGGCUCGAUCUUGGCUUGCCCAAGCAUCCAGUCGAGGCUGAUGCUAAAUUGCCUGAGAAUGGUGAGGAACAGGUGAUUGAGGAGAUCGUCGAGGAGGUGCUCGAGGAGAGCGAAGAGAUCGUCCCUUAGUAGUUUUGGUGGGCGUACCGCAAGAAAAAGUGGUGGACGGUUGGCAACGAGCGGCGUUCAGUGUAAAGGCAUUUAAUGUGAUUUGAUACAAAUAGCAUGAAGGGUGAGCGGAUAGCUACAGGUCUAGUAGAACCGUCUAAACUCCGAUUACACGAGUAUUCCCCAAUCGCCAUAAAAUAUGUAAAGAUGGAGAUUUUGUGCCUUCAUAUACUGUCGAAUGCACCGUGUAUUAAGCAUGUGAAACUAACUUGAGGUUCAUUUGAAGUGCCUAUGUACCUAGGUAGUGGAUGUACUUAGCACUUAGCAUAGCCUAGGGUACUAUUACUUUAUGUAGAAUUAGCUGGCUUGCCUGGAAUUUGUUUUAUUGUGGUUUGUUUAGGUACUUAGGUUCGAUGCAAGAUCACGACAUACCUGGAUACUCCGCUGUAAACUUGAU